GCGACAGACUGGUGACCUGUCCAGGGUGUACGCCUUCGCCCAUCAGUAGCCGAGAUAAGCUCCCGCGACCCCGAAAGGGAAGAAGAUGGAUGGAUGAGGGCAGGGAUUGUACCUUUAGAACAUUAUCUGCAGCCUUAGAGCCAUUCGGGUCGUCUUCUCAACAAUAACCCAGUAGGAGCCACAAAGUUGGCUUCACCUUUUAGAAAAAAAAAGGAUUUCUAUUUUUGUUAGUCUUACUAUUACAAUAAGUUAAAAUUAUCUACUGUUUUUCAUUGGUACAAAUAAAAUAUAAAGUGGAAAAAAACAUUUUAAUCUAUAAUCUAUAAAUCUAUCCAAACAACUAAAAUUAAAUUGAGCUAUUUAAGUGACCCGUACCAUAUUUAUUUAAUCAUAAAGCACGCCUAAAAUUCUUUAACUACUUCAGUAAUUAGAAAAUCUAGUUUAUAAUCUGGUAAAACUUAUUGACCUUCAAGUACUUUUUUUUUAUUUUAAUGAAACAAAAUUUUUUUUUAAAUGUUUUAGCUUGACCUUUUAAAUCACAUCCAAACCAUUUGAUGGAUUCCUGGAGCAUUAUGGGUACUGUAGUCCAGUGCUUCAUGGAGGCCUUCAACUGUUAGUGAAUAAAAAAGUGAGUUGAAUAAAGUUAGUUUUCUUUACUGUCUUCAACUUUGCUCACCAAAAUCUUAUUUUAGAGUAACUUCUUAAAAUUAAAAACUGAUUUAAAAAAAAAAAAAUCAGAGUCACAAUGGAGGGAUAAAGAACCACAUGUGGCUCCGGAGCCUCGGGUUGCAUAGACCUCUGAUCUGGACUAACAAUGGUGGUUUGCAUAUUUUUUAUUGUUUGUGAUUGACACUUUAUAAGAGAAUACCUUUUUUUAAAGGAGAUUUAUAUGUAACUGAGAAAAAAACGAAUAGAUUUUUAAUUUUACGGAAGUUUCUAUGUCUUAGUUUUAGAUUUUUUGUCAUAUAUUGCGUUUUUAGUAUUUGCAGUAACGUAGUUUGUGAACAAGUUUCUUAUUUUUUUAAACAAAACUCCCACAUUUGUUCUUACAUUGACAAAAAAAACAAAGAAAAGGUGGUUUAAGUUGGAAAAUUCCUUUCAUUGCUUGUUGAAAAUGCAUGUUUGGGAGCAUUUCAGCUUCUUUUGUCAUGCAGAUCCAGAGUUUUUUGUGUUUACUGACGAGGGGAUGUGGGGGAAGUCACCAGAGAAGCUGAUAAGAGGGGAAUGAAGGCCAGCUUCAGGUUUGUGGAGUCUGGGAGAGUUGCAGCAGUUUGUGGAGGAUUCUGCCUUUGCUGUAUCUUAAACAAUGGCUGCAGUGCGAACAGAAGCGUCCGUGUGGUCACAGCAGAAUCCACUCCACAUCUAUGGAGGUCUGACGUGUAACUUAUUGAUGGCUGACUCGUGGUCGGACAGAAGUCCUCUCCAUGAAGCGGCGUCCCAGGGCAGACUCCUCCUCCUCAGGUCACUCAUCGCACAGGGCUUCCAUGUGGACACCCUCACCAUGGAUGGGGUGUCUUCCCUCCAUGAGGCUUGUCUUGGGGGUCAUUAUAACUGUGCCAAGCUCCUGCUGGAAAGCGGCGCAAAGGCAGACGUAGCAUCAGCAGAUGGCGCCACACCUCUCUUCAACUCCUGCAGGAGUGGCAGUGCUGCUUGUGUUGGGCUCCUCUUGCAGCAUGGUGCAUCCGUUCACAGCACACACCAGCUGGCUUCCCCCAUGCACGAGGCUGCAGUAAAAGAUCACAGAGAGUGUCUGGAGCUGCUGCAGGCCUGUGGAGCUCAGAUUGACACAGAGCUGCCAGAGGUGGGAUCCCCACUUUACUGUGCCUGUGGAGCAGGAGCUGCUGGCUGUGUGGAGAUGCUGCUGCUGGCAGGUGCAGAUGUUGGCGUUGGAUGUGGGCGGGACAGUCCUCUACACGCCGCCGUUCGGAGAGGAGAUCCAAGUGUGGUGCAGCUUCUGCUGGACUUUGGAGCAAACAUGUUUCACAGAAACUCAGAAGGACAGACUCCUCUGGAUCUGUCAGCGCCAAACAGCUCGGUUCGAUUCGCACUGCAGAGAAGAAGAGGUGUGUCCAGAAAUGUCAUCCCCAAACUGUUUUUGGUUUAUUUAACAGCAGCCUCCUCUCCCCUCUGCUUAGGUCCCUCCUCUCUGUCUCAGCUGUGUCGCUUCUGCAUUCGUCAAAGUCUUGGACGGAGUCGUCUGCACCGAGCCCCCAGCCUUCCUAUGCCUCACAGGAUCCAAGACUUCCUCCUCUACCGCUGAUGGAUUCAUAGCCCCACCACCUUUUGUCUCUGCUAUUGACCUCCAAAUUUGAAAAACAAUCUAAAUUUAUCAAAAUACAAGAUCAGUCAACCAUGGAUUUAAAAUAUCAUUAAAACUGCAGCCAAAUAUUUUUAGCAACAUCUUCAGGAUGCUAUGAAAUGCCUCUUUUAUUCACAGGUUUUGUGUACCGCUAUAAAAGCUUUUGUGGCUCCACAGGGAGCAGAGUGAGAAAUCAGAGUCUCUUGAAAAUGAGGGCAACAAGACCUGAAAAAAUAAAAACAUAACAAAAAACAAGAUUGGCUGCAGAGAUGAAGAUGUGAGGUUAUCAAGCUUCUGCAGCCGCCAUGGCCGCGAGCAGAACGGAAAUGAUUAUCGGAUGUUUUUACAGAUAAUAUUUGUGAAACCCGUUCUUACUGAGAAAACAAAAACAAUGUCUUUUAAAUUUACUUUACAUAACAGACGGUAAAAAUAGUAUGUGACACAUAUUCAUCAAGCAAGAAAUUGAAAGAUUAUUCCGGAUGAAAGUCAAUGAAUUCUGCAUUCCUAUAGUUGUCAAUUUUCCUAAACCACAACAGUCCCUGAACUCACCAUUACAUUUGACAAUCCCACUGUAUUUAGUAAAGUUUUCUUUUAAAAUUUAACAUGAAAGUUUAAAAAAGUUGUGAAGUUAAGAGUUAUGAUUCAUAACUGUGAUACUCCUUGAAAUAAAUCCUUUGCACAUUGUGUGUAGUUUAGCUGUUUUUUAAAGAGAUUUUUCUUAUUUUUUGACCUUGUCUGUUUUUUUAUUGUUCUCGUUUGAUCUUUGUUAUGUGACAUAAAAGCUGAUCUCAAUUUUUGUGAAUUUUGCAGUAAAAAAAGAUAAAACAGCUACUUGGAAUUGACUUUUUUUACACAGUGUCAGGUUUAUUGUGCAAUAUAUUCAAAACUAUGUCUGUAAAAAACUAAGCUGGGGUUGUACUAAAAAAAAUGUACAUUAAGAAUGACCACAAAAACAGUUUUAAAUGUUUUAUAUCAUGCAAUCCAUAAGCCUUUCAGAGUAAACUAUAUCAAAAUAUAUGAUGAUAUAAUACCUUUAGCACACUAAAGAAUGAAUUAUUUGUGAAAUAUGAGUCAUUUUCAAAGUUAAAGAUAAAUAAUUAGAGCAGAUUGUAAAGUAAAAAAAAACAUAAAAAAAUACAAACUAAUGGUUUUAAUGGCCUAUUUAAGGGGUGGGCAAACUUUCUGACUUGUGGGCCACAAGAUGUGUGGGAUGUUUUGGUAAUCCACCUUAAAAGAGAAAGAGUCAACAUCAAAUCUGGAGGAAAACAUGUUCUAGUUUCGAUUUCAACUAAUUUAGAACAUUUUGGAGAUUUUUAUUAACUUUAUUUCUUAUUUUAGUGCCAAUUGCAGCAACGGUUUGAUGCUCUGGAAGGAAAACUGUAGAUAAAUUCUGUGUUCAUGUGGAACGAUCAGAAAAAGGACUGUCAGAUUCAGAAAACACACAAAAAAGUAAAAAAAAAAAAGACAAUUCUUCCAGCAGAACAGAAAGGAGGAAUAACUUUUGGCAUCUAAACAAAGGUAAGUGUAUUUAUAGUGCGCCAUCUAUGGGGAAACGCAACAAUUAUAGGGAAAAUAAAGCAAAUAAAGAUUAAUGUAUUCCCAUUUGGUGGGCUGGAUUAAAUAGUUUAAUGGACUGCAUAUGGCCCCCACGCCGCAGUUUGUCCUAUACCAUGCAAAAUCAAUUUAUUUAGCUUUUAAGUGCAUUAUUAUGUUCAAUAUUCGCUGUAAAGAACCCCAAAAUGAUAUUUUGAUAUGUUCAGGCAUUUCUGAGUAAUCCUCUAAAAACCUGUGCUGUGAGCACCAGCCCCUCCCAUAUCCAUGAAAACUAGCAGGUCCUAACGAGCUGAUGUCACAGACUGAGAACCGCCCCUUUCAGGAAGACUCUGCUCUGACAGCACCGCCCCCAGUCUAACACAAAUACAUACUUCACAGAGAACAGUGAUAGGUAAAUUGAUCUCAUUUUGUAUUCACAAUAUGCACAGCCAUCUUUGCAAAGUUUGGAUGUUGUUUGUUUUCAAGGGUGAUACACUUUGCUGAUGAAAUGGACAGUACCACAGGGAGUGAAAGGCGGAGCCUCGGAGAUCGAGGUGUGUUACUUAGGAAAAGAGUUCGCGAAAAUGACUCAUAUUUCACAAAUAUUUUUUUCCUUUGUGUGCUCAUAUAUGUAUUGUAUGAUCAUAUACAUGGAUAUAGUUUUCUCUAAGAGGCUUAAGAAAAGCAUGAAAUAGAACCUUUAAAAAACUGCUUUUAAAUUUAAACUCACUAAACUUACUCAAAUUAAACUAUUUUUCUUUUUUUAAAAGAUUUUCACUCACAAAAUUUGACCUGUUGCCUCAUUUGAAUGCACUUUUCUUUAGUUUCAAACAAAACCUUAACUUUGUUCUCAGUAUGAUCUCACAAUGGGACAGUCAGACAUUUAAAGUCCUACUCCUCUGAUCUAUUGUUAAUGUGUUAACUGUGGGUUU